CCUGAACAAAAAAAUAUCUGAAGUCUCUCUGACUGUACACAGAGAGAGAGAUAAAUAGAUAUGUGUUGAUUAGAUCGAAGCUUCUAGAAGAUCACACCACUGCGUGCGUUAUACGAACUUCUACAUCAUUUCUCUUUUCUCUCAUCGCUCGGUGAAUUCGAGGAUCCUCGAGCUUUUUGAUCGGAGACUUUUUCUCUCAUCGUCGUUGUUUGAAUUCUCCGGCUGAGAGAUGCUUGCUUGACGACGAAUCUCCACCGAUCUUUUACCUUUUCGCACAACAAUGUUAUCAUCAUCCUUUGGACAUUUUCGUGUGAAUUGAUCUCAAAGCUUCCUAGGUUAAAGAGAAUUGUGUAGUUUUGUAUAGAAUUGAUCUCAAAGCUUCCUAGUUGUGCUUAUAAGCUAUUUAGGUGAUGAUCAUUAGGUUAGGUUAUAAACUUGCUUGGCAGAUUCAAAUGGUUUGAGAUAAUUGCAUAUCCAAGCUCUGAGAUAGUUGGUUUUUGAAAUACUGUAAUGGUUGGUUACUGGGAUUUGAUAGAGUAAGAGAAGGAUGUCGACUCCAGCGAGGAAGAGAUUGAUGAGGGAUUUCAAGAGGUUGCAGCAAGACCCACCUGCAGGAAUUAGUGGUGCUCCACAAGACAACAAUAUCAUGUUGUGGAAUGCUGUUAUAUUCGGGCCUGAUGAUACCCCUUGGGAUGGAGGUACUUUCAAAUUGUCACUGCAGUUUUCGGAAGAUUAUCCAAAUAAACCACCAACAGUGCGGUUUGUUUCACGGAUGUUCCAUCCAAACAUUUAUGCUGAUGGGAGUAUAUGCUUGGACAUUCUCCAAAACCAAUGGAGUCCAAUAUACGAUGUCGCUGCUAUACUAACCUCCAUUCAGUCAUUGCUAUGUGAUCCUAAUCCGAAUUCUCCUGCAAAUUCGGAAGCUGCACGAAUGUUCAGUGAAAGCAAGCGCGAGUACAACAGAAGAGUCCGCGAGGUUGUCGAACAAAGCUGGACUGCCGACUAGUAAUUAUAUCAUUGUAGCAUUUGUCUUCAAAUAACAUUAAACCUCCUCUCUUGUAUCUGAUUUCGACCAUCACAUCUCUGAGAGAAGUUUACUCUCCCUACCACUCUCUUUUAUGUCUUUCUGUGUUUUUCAAACUCUGUGAUUUGUUGCUCUUCAUGUUUUUUUUCUUUGUAUUUUCGUAACCACAUUCAUCUUCAUAAUUAUCAUAUGUAUUUCAGUCGCAGAUCUUCUUCUUUUGCUUUAUAUUUGGUAAAACAGUUUACAAAUUUAGCUAAUAGAAGAUAUGUCAAGUUCUCCCUGAAACUGCAUAUUCAUUUGUUAACACUUGUCACUGUUUCUACAUUUUUUGUUGUCUCUCAUUAUGAUCAUUUGUUUAACACAAUGUCUUCAUAGAUGAUUUUCAUGAUUCCCACUGCUUGGCCUCCAUCUUUUGCUGCACUUGAAUUGUAUACUGCAGAUUCCAAGAGAGUUGAUAGCAAAUUCCACUGUUGUCCUCAAUGACUGAGCUUAUGAUCCUUUCACAGAGGAUCUGCUAAGCUGUUCAAUACUGAUGGUAUAUCUCUCAAACCGUUCUCCAGCUGCAGGAAAUAACAUAGAGGUUCCAAACUUUUAAGCCGUGUCGGAUUUACAAAGAUGAAAAGGUUCUGACUAAAACAGAACAGACCUGAAGCUUCAAACUUCCCAUCUCUGAAGAGCCUGCAGCCACUACUUGCCUGUGAUGAGCUGUAGUAGUAUCACUCCAAACUGGUACAC